UACCCCACAGUUCACUCUCAUGUUAUCUGAUUCUGAGCUCACUAUGCAACAGUUGUGUGCAGCGAUGCAGUUGAACAGGUUCUUGUUCCAAGGAAUAGAAAAGAAUAAGGAAGUAGUGUGAUCACAUCACAAUAGUUUGAUCACAGAACACUAGUACAUUUAUCAGACUGCAGUGCCUCAAUAGGACCGAUUCAACCAGGAAUGAAGGUGACUCAACUAGACUGUCUGUGUGUGACUCUUCUACAUCUCCUACACACAGCAGGCUCUGAGAGGUUUGAGGUUCUUGGUCCAACUGAUCCCAUUGUUGCUGUAGCUGGUGAUGACAUUAUUCUGCCCUGUUACCUCAAACCCAACAUCAGUGCUGAGGACAUGACAGUGGACUGGCUGAACCUGGACUUCACAGACGGUCGUGUCUAUCGUUACCAAAACCACAGAAUAAUACGAGAUGAUCAGAUUCCCUCCUAUAGAGGAAGAACAUCACUGUUUGAAGAGGAACUGUGGAGGGGAAACACCUCUUUGAAACUGACCAGGGUACAAGGCACUGAUGAGGGACAUUACAAAUGUUUUAUUAAGGCAAAGAGCUGGUAUGAUGAUUUCACUAUUCAAGUCCUCGUUAAAGCUGUAGGAUCCAAGCCAGUGGUGUCUAUUGAGGGACACAGAGAGGGAGGGAUGGGUUUGCUGUGUGAAUCAGAAGGCUGGCACCCUSAGCCUGAGCUGGUGUGGCUGGACAGUAAAGGAGUCCAUCUCUCUGCUGGUCCUCCUGAGACACACAGAGACUUCAAGGGAUUCUACAGAGUCAAACAACAUGUCAUUGUCCAGGAGACUGACACCAACCGCUUUACCUGCAGAGUCCAACAGAGCCGGCUCAAUGAGAAGAUGGAGACAGAGGUUCACCUCCCUAGUGAGUUAUUUGACACAACCCCAUGGAGAAUAUCCUUCAUUGUGUUAUGCUGUCUGGGAGCCGUCACUGUGAUUGGGUUAGCUCUGACUAUCUACUGCAUACAUAAUACGAAAGGUAAUUGAGAGAUGAUAUGAACAUUGAAU